AUGUGCAAAGCUUCUAGUUGUCCUUUAUUGUAAUAAUGUGUUAACCCUCCAGAAGAAAAAUGUCUCCAAUUUGCAAAAAAAGAAGUUUGUAUGCAAGAAGAAAGCCAUUGUCCUUAAGAAAUCGAAGAAUGUGAUGAAUAUAUAAAUGAAUGUAUAGAAGAAAUACCUAUAUGUGAAAAAUUCAAUCCUUCAGAUCCUUCAAUAUGUUUAGAAUAUAAAGACGGAUGUAUCUAAUAUGUAACUAAAUGUACAUCUUAUACAACAAAAUGUGCAUCGGAAAUCAUAAAAAUAUGCACAAGAAAAGAAUUCGUUGAUGACCUGUCAAGAUGUGAAAAUAAAGAAUUCUAAUUAAUGAAGAACUUAUGA